AUGGGUAGAGCUAGUGCUAAACUCCCGAGCUUCUGCUUAAGCGGAGUCGCCACCCGAAUAAGGAUUAGACCACCAGCUGCAGCUGCAGCUGCAGCAACGGCGGCAGCGGCGGCGGCAGCAACAGCAGAGGCCGGCGUCGGGAAAAAACCCGAUUCAUAUAAGCAGUGUGAAAAGGAGAGAGGUCCAAAGGAUUACCAACUUCUCUACGCCAUGAAGAGCAUUUGCCAAACGAAGAGGCCUGAGGUCCACGUGGAGGUGUGCCUAGUGGAAGGGCGGGAUCGCGGACCCACCAUCGUGGAGGAAGCGGGGCGGCGGCGCGCGUCGCUGCUCGUCGUGGGGGGCCCGCGGCGGCGAUCGCCGGCGCUGACGUGGCGUCUCCUCGUGAUGUGGGCCCUCGGCGCCGACUUCGGCGGCGGCAACGCCAGGAUCGGAUCCUCCUCCGUCGCCGACUACUGCGUCCACCACGCCGCCUGCACUGCCCUCGCCGUGCGCCGCAAGGGCCGCCGUGGCGGCGGAUACCUCCUCACCACCAAACGCCACAAGGAUUUCUGGCUCCUCGCCUAAAUUUUACAGAUUAAAUGCAGCUGAGCGGUCCGAACUUCUAUAAAUUUGCAUGCAGGAAUUGAUAUUGACAAAGCUAUUCCGAUAUUGUCAGAGCAAAUAUACAUACUUUUUUGCUCUGACGAUAUUAAGAAUAACUUUGACAACAUCAAUUCUUUUAGCAUAUGGUCAUCUAAAUUUUCAAAAAUUUAUAAUUAAUUACAUGAAUUUAUAUUUCAUUAAUUUAAAGCGAUUGAUAUUAGCCAAUUAAUCGAGAAUGAAUGCCAUAAAUUAAUCAAAAUUAAUUAUCAUAUGUAAUUUAUAAAAAAUAAAUCUCAAGCAAUAAUUUUUAUAGUAUAAAACUGAACUUCACAUAAAUAAAAUCUCUUCUGCAUUGUCGGCAUUUAUACUUUAUUAUUUCUCGAUCAUUUGGUUAAUAUUAGUCGUUUUAAAUUGCCCAAAUAUAAAAUUUAAAUUGUCAAUUAUAAAAUUUUGAAAGUUUAGAUAGAAGUAUAAUUUCUUUUAAAGUUUAAGUGAUAAACAGAAGAAAUUUCGAGUGAGUGUGAUGCAUUUUAACCCUUAUUUAAUUACUUAAUUAAUUAAUUAAGGGUUGUUUAGUUAGUUGAUUGGGUGGUUGGUGUGAGAAAUAUAAGUUUGGGUGAGUGUGAAUUUUUUUUUUUUUUUCCCCCUCUCCUCUCUCUCUCUCUCUCUUGUGAGAUAAAUGAGUUUUUGUUUGUAAAUGUGAGGAAUAAAUAAAAGUAAAUUAUAUAUGCGAAAUGCUAUACUAGUA